AUGGUUUUACGACCUAGUCCUUGGGCUGGUGGUGCCCAGCCCGAGAAGCCUGUGAAAUUCAGAAAUCAAGAAGCCACAGGUUUCAUAUCUACCCCUUUCCAUGACUGUUUAGAUGAUGCCAGAGUGGCUGCAGAAGGUGACUCUGGGAAUUGGACAAGGUAUUCCAAAUGGGAUCUGACCACCUGUGCUAACACGAACAGGUUAAUCUACUUCACCAUCUACAAAAUGGAGAUGGUACUACUCACCUCGAAAUCUACCUUCUUCAAUGUAUUAACUAGUAGUCAGGCUUCAGCAGAAAACUUCCCAUUCUGUACAAUUGAUCCUAAUGAGAGCAGAGUACCUGUGCCAGAUGAAAGGUUUGACUCUCUUUGCCAGUACCACAAACCAGCAAGCAAAAUUCCUGCCUUUCUAAAUGUAGUGGAUAUUGCUGGCCUUGUGAAGGGAACUCACAAUGGGCAAGGCCUGGGAAAUGCCUUUUUAUCUCAUAUUAGUGCCUGUGGUGGGAUCUUUCAUCUAACACGUGCUUUUGAAGAUGAUGCUAUCACGCAUGUUGAAGGAAGUGUAGAUCCUAUUCGAGACAGAGAAAUAAUACAUGAAGAGCUUCAACUUAAAGAUGAGGAAAUGAUUGGGCCCAUAAUAGAUAAACUAGAAAAGGUGGCUGUGAGAGGAGAAGUUAAAAAGCUAAAACGAAUGUGCAAAGUCAAAUCCUGGGUUCUAGAUCAAAAGAAACCUGUUCAUUUCUAUCAUGAUUGGAACGACAAAGAGAGUGAAGUUUUGAAUAAACGCUUAUUUUUGACUUCAAAACCAAUGGUCUACCUGGUUAAUCUUUCUGAAAAAGAUUACAUUAGGAAGAAAAACAAGUGGUUGAUAAAAAGUAAAGAGUGGGUGGACAAGUAUGACCCACGUGCCUUGGUCAUUCCUUUUAGUGGGGCCUUGGAACUCAAGUUGCAAGAACUGAGUGCUGAGGAGAGACAGAAGUAUCUGGAAGCGAACAUGACACAAAGUGCUUUGCCAAAGAUCAUUAAGGCUGGGUUUGCAGCACUCCAACUAGAAUACUUUUUCACUGCAGGCCCAGAUGAAGUGCGUGCAUGGACCAUCAGGAAAGGGACGAAGGCUCCCCAAGCUGCAGGGAAGAUUCACACAGAUUUUGAAAAGGGAUUCAUUAUGGCUGAAGUAAUGAAAUAUGAAGAUUUUAAAGAGGAGGGUUCUGAAAAUGCAGUCAAGGCUGCUGGAAAAUACAGACAACAAGGCAGAAAUUAUAUUGUUGAAGAUGGAGAUAUUAUCUUCUUCAAAUUUAAUACACCUCAACAACCGAAGAAGAAAUAGAUUUUAGUUGUUGCUCAGAUAAAUGUACACCUCCA